AUGGGGCACCGGUUCGGCCUCCUCAUGAAUAUAGGGCGCCCGUUCCGCCUCCUCAUGAAUAUGGCGCCUAAGAUGGCGGCGGUGGCGGCCGUGAGGCGUCGGGGCGGGCGUCGGGCCCGCGGGGAGCCGGUGUCCGUGUCCUGUGGGCCCGGGCCGUGCGGGGUCCCGCCCGGCUGCCCGCUGUGCCGGCCCUGGCCCCGCCAACGCCACCGCCGCCACCGCCGCGGCCGCCGCCCGCGACCGAGACCGCGAGCGCGGCCCCCGGAGCGUCAGGGCCGCCUCAGCCCCGGAGCCCCGGCCGCCGAGCCAGCCGACCAGGAAGAGUUUAUAUUCAGAGCACCAAUUAAAUUAAGCAAGCCAGGGGAACUGCGUGAGGAAUAUGAAAGCCAGCUCAGAAAGUUGAGGGAAGAAAAGGUUCAGGAGGAAAGAGCGCCCGACGACCUGAUCCACAAGCUGUUGCUGGAGGAUAUGGAAGCGGGGAAAAGGAAAAUGGAAGAACAGCCGAAAAACGAGCCACUUCCCUUGAAAGCGAAUCAGGAAUGCUGUCCCGACUGCCUCUCGGAUUCAGAGAACGAAGAACCGGCCCACGGCAAGGCGGCCCACCGAUCAGCGUUCGUGUCCAAGAGCAGCACCUAUUCCUUAACUUUCCUGACGGGGAACCUCCAUUCUAAAAUGGAGAGGAGCCAGAGUUGCAACGACACGGCUCCAGAGAGAGGAAAGAGCCGGCUGAAGCGGCCGCCCGCCAAGAAGACAAAGGUGCCGGCGGCGACCCCGGGGUCCACCCCCUUGGCGGGGGUCCUGCUGUCCACCCAGAACAACCGCUGCCUCUCGGCUCCCGACCUGUGGGCCGCUUCUCGGCCGCCGUUGGGCUCGCUGUCGUCCACCCUGCACAGGCCCGAGUGCUCCGUCAGCCCAGAGAGCAACGACAGCAUCUCCGAGGAGCUCAACCAUUUCAAGCCCAUCGUCUGCUCCCCGUGCACCCCUCCCAAGCGGCUCCCCGACGGCCGGGUGCUCAGUCCCCUGAUCAUCAAGUCCACGCCCCGGAACCUCAGCCGGACCCUCCAGAAGCAGACCACCUACGAGGCCAGCCCCCGAAUCCUCAAGAAGUGGGAGCAGAUCUUUCAGGAGCGCCAGAUCAAAAAGACCCUGUCCAAAGCCACCCUGACCUCCUCCCUGGCCCCCGAGCCGGGAGACGACGCCUCGGCCCCCGACGCCCCCCGGCCCGGCCCCCCCGGGGGCCGCCUCUUCCCCGCCACCGGCCAAGCCGGGGAGGAGAGGGGAAGCGCCGAGACCCCGCCGGGCUCCGGUCCCGCCGGGGGCCGGGCGAGGGCCAACGGGGCGGCGGCGAGAAGCCGGGGGCUCGAGGGCCCCGGGACGGACAGACCGGGCCCGGACCCCCCCGGGAUCCCGACCGCCAAGACGUCGGGGGUCGGGUCGGGCCCGCCCGAGAACGACCCGCCGAGCCCGGUCGUCAAGACCCCGGCCAAAACCCAGGCACCGGCCCUGAACCCCUUCGAACUGCCCUUCCUGCCCAACGGGGCCCACGAGGAGGCCGGGGAGAGCCUGGACGGCGAGGCCCUCCCGCCGCCGCCUCCGCCGCCGCCGCCGCGCCGGGGCCGCAAGAGGCACUGUAAGACCAAGCACCUGGAGCAGAACGGCUCCCUGAAGAAACUGAGGCAGGCCGCCGGCGAGGCCCCGCCCCCCGGCCUGGACCGCAGGCUCCGGCAGGAGGAGGAGGACAGGCAGCUGGCCCUCCAGCUGCAGCGCUUCUACGACCACGAGCACCGGACAGUCAGCGGCGGCAGGCGGAAAGGGCCCGCCGACCAGUACCUCCUACGGCCCAAGAGCUCCACGGGCGCCAAGUAGCGCUCCGGGGGGGCGCGGGGCCUCCUUUCUAGAGGACGCUAGGGUUGUCGGGUGAUUCGCGGGAAGAACGGUGUUUCCUCUCUUUUUACAAAAAAAAAUAACCCCACCAAAAAAAUCAAAAAACCCGACAACAUCUUCAACACCUCAGAGCCGGUCCCGAGGAAUCUGGUUCCGGGGCCUGUGCUUGGGCUGUCACGGUAGAAAGGGACCCUCCCUGCCCCCACCUCCACCCCCGAGUCCAGUUGGGUACGAAGCGUUUCACAUCCAGGGAAAGCCCCUUCCCCGCUCCCCCGGAGGGAGGGAGGGCCGAAGUGCCGAGGCCCUUUCUGGGGACCGUCACCGAGACCCCAAAGGCCGAGAGCAACAGCUGCUCCGAGACCCCCUAGAAAUCGAAAGAGAGAUGUUUGGGUAGGGUGUGCCCCCCACCCCGCCACCCCAUCAAGUUGCUAGCCCGCUCGUCUCUUCCGGCACAUUAGCGGGUGAAUGCAAGAAACCCGGCCAGCCCACAAAAAUAUCUUCUCCUCCCAUCACCCGUCCACCCGGGGCUCUCCGUUCUGUACGUCACGCAUAGAGAAAGGAAAAAAAUCAAAUUGGCGUCCGUCCACUGUGACUUGCCCACAGUCUCCCGAUUUGAGCCCUUCAAAAGAAAAUCCGAUUUAGGCAUUCCACGGGAGGCCUUUCUUUAAAGGAAAAACAUAAAACAUCGAGCCGACUUGGCCCCGGAGGAGAGGUCGAUGCUCUUCAGACCCCUGGCCCUUCCGGGGUUCGACGGGCACCGAUUUCCCCUUCCCGGAGGCAGUAGCUACUCGGGCUGAGGUUUCCUUUCCGUAACCCCUCUCUGAGGCAGCUCUUCGUGCGGAAUUGGAAAAUCUGGUGUCAGGUGGUUCCCGCGGGAGUGUGCGAGGUGGAGAGGGGCCUCCAUUAUCCUAGCCGACCCCAAGAGUCCUGGGAAGCGUCCCAACCCCCUUCGGGCGGGAUAAAGCCACCGCUUUCCGCCCUUUGGAUAGCUCUGGUCUUGCCAUCGCCAACGUCAGCGUGUGUCCUUCCCCGUCCCCUUUCCCCCCCCAACCCCCCGCCCCACGACAACCAGAAAUGCACUUUUCUCCCCCUUCUCCCCACGACCCCUUUCUAAAGAAUCCGGAAACACUUUUUUGGUUGUUGCUGAGUCUCGUUUCGGGAGCCGGGGGAAAAGAGAUGAAUAUAUUUUACUUGAUAAAUCUAUAUAUUUUCAAUA